CUAAGUGUCGGUAUGCGCUUGGCAUGCAGGAUCGCACCAUUCCUGAUGAAGCUCUCUCAGCCUCGAGUUCGUGGCAUGAUUCAACAGCCGCAAAACACAGCAGGCUGGGCCUGAGUGAGGGCGAUGGAGCUUGGUGCCCUGCAGGACCUGUCUAUCCCAAUGAUGCAGAGUACCUGGAAAUAGACCUGCGCCGGCUGCAUUUCCUAACCUUGGUGGGGACGCAGGGACGCCAUGCCGGUGGCCAUGGCAAGGAAUUUGCUCGCUCUUAUCGGCUCCAUUACAAGCGGGAUGGGCAUCACUGGAUGCCUUGGCGUGACCGGUGGAACAAUGAGGUGAUUUCAGGCAAUGAAAACACUGAUGAUGUGGUGUUGAAGGAUCUGGGCCCACCUAUCAUUGCGCGGUAUGUCCGCUUCUACCCCCGUUCAGAUCGUGUCAUGAGUGUCUGCUUGCGGGUAGAACUCUACGGCUGUGUCUGGCAAGAUGGCCUUCAAUCCUAUACAGCCCCUUUAGGCCAGGUGAUGCCUUUGGUCCCAGAACCGGUCUACCUGAAUGACUCCACUUACGACGGGUCCAGUGUCAGCAAGUUACACUUUGGGGGUCUUGGCCAGUUGACGGAUGGAGUGGUGGGGCUGGAUGACUUCACCCAAACCAAAGAGUUCCGGGUUUGGCCUGGAUACGACUAUGUGGGCUGGAGCAAAAGAUCUUCUCCUGAGGGUUUCAUCAAGAUGGAGUUUGAGUUUGACCGACUCAGAUCCUUCACAUAUAUGAAGGUUCACUGCAGCAAUAUGCACACGCGUGACGUGAGGAUCUUCGAACAGGUGGAUUGCCUCUUCAAGCACAGCCUUGCCACGGCUUGGGAGCCUCAACCUGUCUCCCUACAGCUUUCGGUGGAUGUCAGGGACCCCAGUGCCCGCUCUGUCACCAUACCCCUGGAGGGACGAAUCGGCUUGUUCGUCCAGUGCCAUUUUUACUUUGCCGCUGAGUGGAUGCUCUUCAGUGAAAUUGCCUUUCUCUCAAGUGAGUUGGGGCUGGGACCUAGGUCUCUGCUGCUCAGCAACCCGGCUUACCAUCUCCUCCUGGCCACCUAUGCCCAGCCAAUGGGAAGGCCUGCUUUCCCGCCACCCAGCCAGGUUAAGCCAAUCAACACCAAUGCAUGUGGGAUUGACUACAUGGAACCAGAACUGGCUGCCAGCCAGCCAAGUUUCCAGAACAACGUGCCACAUUACGCCGAAGCCGACAUCAUCAACCUGCAGGGAGUGACUGGGGGGAACACAUAUGCUGUCCCGGCUGUUGCGGUGGAUGCUCUUGCCGGCAAGGACAUGGCAGUAGGCGAAUUUCCCCGGGAACGGCUGAUCUUCAAGGAGAAGCUGGGCGAAGGGCAGUUUGGAGAGGUCCACCUGUGUGAAGUGGAGAACCUGCAAGAUCUGCCAAGUUUGGAGUUCCCUUUCAACGUGCGCAAAGGGCGCCCCCUGUUGGUUGCUGUGAAGAUUCUACGCUCGGAUGCCACCAAGAAUGCCAGGAAUGAUUUCCUGAAGGAGGUGAAGAUCAUGUCUCGCCUGAAGGACCCUAACAUUGUGAGAUUGCUGGGUGUGUGUGUGCGGGACGAUCCACUGUGUAUGAUCACAGAGUACAUGGAGAAUGGGGACCUCAACCAGUUCCUGAGUGGACAUGAGCUGGAAGACAAGCUGGGUGGCAGCCCCAAUGGGAGACCAACCAUCAGGGUAAGUUCACCAUGGCCAGUGACGUUUGGGCCUUUGGUGUUACGCUGUGGGAAAUCCUCAUGCUGUGCCAGGAACAGCCAUACAGCCAGCUGACGGAUGAAGCUGUAAUCGAGAACGCCGGCGAGUUUUUUCGACAUCAGGGCAAACAGGUUUAUCUCUGCCGUCCGCCCACCUGCCCCUUGGCCGUCUAUGAGAUGAUGUUGAGAUGCUGGGCACGAGAGGCCAAGGACCGCCCAUCCUUUCAACACCUGCACUGUUUCCUGGCUGAGGAUGCCCUCAAUAUGGUGUGAACCCAAGCUAGCACCGGCCCUCGGAGGCUGUGUUAAGAAGUUGGACAUCACCAUAGAGACUGCUGGAGACCGGAUGUGGCUCAGAGGCCAUUGUGCUCCAGAGCAUUUUUGUGGGACAUCUGGUUGUUCACUCUGGCCCGGCCUUUGCUCGUCCAAAUCUCACCAUCCACCUUCCAAGUUGUGGUUCUCUUUCUCGACUGGUUUUCUUUUGGGCUCUGGUCAUCUCUAACUAACUUAUUUCGUCACAUGAUCCAAAAUUGUUAUUCUGAAAUUCUUACCAGGUGGUUUGUUUUCCACUCUGUUAACUCCUAUUUCUCCUCGUCCUAAACCAGUCUGUUUCAGCUUUAAACCAACUGGGUGCCUUCCUGCUGUGGGUAGAAACUACAAUUCUCAGUUGUUGUUUUUUUUAGUAUUUAUCAACCACAGAAUAAGCAACUAUGUGUCUGUCCCAUAUUGCGCCAAGAACAUUUGCAGCAAAGGACAGUUGUAAGUCCGAAACAUCUGGAGAACCUGAGAUUGUCUGUAGCCAGAGACCAUGUUGGCUAGAAAGUCUUAGUUCCUGUCUUAACACAUCUGGGCGACAUCCAAGCAAGGAAGUUGCUCUGUCAAACGUAGCCCUAUUCAUUCUGCCAUAAUCGGAAGAAAUAUUUUAUUACUUGUUCUUCCAAAUGUUUCUUCUAUUGCAUCAUUCUAGGUCUUUCUUCUGUCCUUUGAUCUCCAGGUUUUGAGGAUGAGCUAAGGAAGCAGGGUUAGUGGCUAAGAUAUUUACUCUGUUUUCCUUCCUUCAGCAGCAAACCGGGCACAUGUUCUGAUUGGGCUAAUCAUGUCCUUCACUCAACGUUAGCAACUCUGUCAGCAGGUCUCCUACAGAGGACUGUCAACACAAAAUACCUGGGUCCCCAAUUUCAUAGUCAGACCCAUCCCCAAGUAGCCCUGGAUUUCAGCCCCUCAUUGAGAACACGAGGAGAGGAUAUUCAUGUUGGCUUGCUUAGCAGGAGUCUGUCAGGACGGCUGCAGUAAAAUGCGUAAAGGUUUUAAACAAUUCAAGCACAGUACAAUAUGUGCAUUGUGCUACUUUGAAUACUAACACUCCUCCCCCCCCAUAACCUCCAAUUCUUUCCUUUGACACUCCAGAGAAAUUG